AUGAGGGUGAUGCCUUCUGGCAUUUCCCUCAAAACCAUGAUCUUGCUGUGUCCCUGCUUGCUGAGCCUGGCCGGGCCGGUCUUCUCGGAGUUCGGGCUCGGAGCAGAUCAAGGGAGGCAAGGCCGAGAAAUCCAGCUGGAGCAUGCCCUUUCGGGCAUUUUUUCAGCACUUCCCAAGACGGAGGAUGGGACCGUCCGAUCGACAACCGCACAGUAUGCCUUGCACCGACUCUUUGCUCAACUCUAUGGAUGGCAGUUGUAUGGGCACAGCCUGAGCGGGUCGAUGCCAGUCAAAAACGCGGAUUCUGCUUUGCUUCUUACCUUUGGCAUGAGAAUGUCUAGCAACGUGACACAGUGGCUACAGGCUCGCCUGUCUGAGGGCGGGCUAAGUCUCACGGACCUGGCGACACUAGCAGCCGUCAUCGAGGAGAUGGUUCACGAGGAGGCAGACAUGAGGCUCUCUGCGGCUUUCCGAGCGCUGCAGAUUUCCACGAGUACUUCCUGGUCUCUGAAUGAGUCGACGGCUGUUCUCGAAGCAUACAUGGCCAGUUUCGUCAUGGGUGUGGAGAUGGGGGACCUGCACAGUGAGGGUAUGUUGGAUCUGGUCCAAGAAGUUCCAGAGCAAUACCCCACCUGGCCCGCAACACAAGACUUCUUGCAGGCAAUUCGGACAGAGGUGGUUCAGAACUCCACUUCGCUCUCUUUGCAAGACCUGUCGCGGGUGAUUGCCGUGGUUGAUGAGAGAUAUGGGCGCUGGCAGAGUCACGAGUGCAAAGCAUUGAAGGAAGAGCUCUUGCAGAACGAGGAGCACCCCCGCACUGGCAGAGUCCGACUGAGCGACUUCUACAGUAUGGCAUUGAAGGGAGGGCAGUGGCAAUUUAGUGAGAGCAGCUCAUACUUGCGUCAGAUUGGCGCCCUUGAUGAAACAGACCCGCAAACUCUGCGGGUGGUGGUUCCGAACUACAUCCUUGGUCUGUCCAACUGCAUUGCUGCGUCCAGCUACUAUAUGGUCUGUUGCAUCAACGAGUGUGAUGCACACCUGACACGGCUGGAGAAGGCGCUGCAGUCGCACCAGGCAACAGUGGAGGCCAUCCUCGGUGCCUUGAACCACACGGUCGCUCCCAGCCUAGAGCGGCGCUUGUUCGACAUUGCCGAACACCACAAUGGUCGGGUGCCCCUCCAUGGACGCCUCUUUGCCCAGUGGCUGCAUCACCUCUAUCCACACGAGUGCCCGUAUCCACACAUGUCAGGGACCACAAGCCCCCUCCGGCCCGAGACUUUCGAAGAAGAGAUGGGCCAGCCAGCUGAAGCUUCGCAAGAUGAGAUGGUUCAACAUGUGGAAGGAGCUCGAUGGAGAUCGGCUCCAACUCACGAGGAGGGCAUGUGCUCCCACAUGUGGUCCAUGGAGGAAGAGCUCAUUGAUCCAGCUGCCCAUGGCUUGAUGCUUCUCAAAGAACCUCAGAGCCAGGCUUUCGGGACGCAGCGGUUGGCUGCAGCUCUAGCAGCGCUUUGCCUUUUCAGCGCUUUCGGCACCACCAUGGCGACUAAGGGCGGGCCAGCGUACUGUCAGCGCACCGACAAUGAGUUGAAUGCUGUUGCGUCACUUCUUUUCUGGCUGGCAGGUGACACUUUCAUGUCCGGGAAUGCCCGCUGCACGCGCAAGACGAUGGAUGUGCUGCCCGCCAUUGCACUCCAGCUGCAGUUGGAAGUGAACAGGGCAUGGUCGUGUGGCACUGGUGUACGCAGUUCUGCCGCUGUGGCCUUGAGUUUUGUUCGGAAGCGUGUUUCGUCUCAGCGUGGCAUGCCGAGCACCAGCCACUGGGCAGUCUUAGACAGUCUGGUGUUCGCUUGCCCGCAGGCUUCUCAGAUCAAGGAGGACCCAGAAUGCUUGCGGGACCCAGAGCUGGAAACACGCAAGAACAGCGGCUUGGGAGAGCGGAGUGGCACAGGUCAGCUUGUGGCUGCAGCCUUAGAUGUGGGAUCUUCAGCCAGGUCCAACUUCCCGGCCCCGGCGCUGCCAGGGUCCCAGGCGGUUCACCAGCUGCCGGGAGUGAUGGACGCACGAAGGCUUGCUGCAAUUCAGAGGUGGAGACAGGAGAGUGCUGACAACUUUCAAACCAUCGGAGAUCCCAUUGGCAACGGUUCCUUGGUUAGACAUGACGCUCGGAUAGACUUUAAAGAGGACCCCUCCGGUGUCUUUCCCAUGAUGUUACUGGGCUUGCGCCCGGAACUUGUCUUCAUUGAGACUUAUGCGAUGAAAGCAGUUCCAAAACAGAAGAUCCGCGACCAGGGCAUGCUAGCCUACCUGAUGCGGGAAAUCCGGACACAGAUGCAGCUGACCCAUCCAUGUAUAGUGCAGCUGCACUACUACUUUGAAGAUGAGCACCAUGUGCUUUUGUUACUGGAGUACGCCAAUGGUGGCUCCCUUUUCUCUCUCUUGAGGCAACAUGGGCAGCUGCCUGAGGCUGAAGCGGCGAGGUACUACGUCGAUGUCGCCAUGGCUCUCAUGCACCUGCACAAGUAUGGGAUUGUUCACAGGGACCUGAAGCCCGAGAACAUCCUCAUGUGUGGGGAACCUCCGAGAAAGGCCAAGCUCGCAGACUUCGGCUGGUGUGCGGAACUGUCGCGAGAUGGCGCGCCGCGGAAUACCUUUUGCGGAACGUGGGACUACCUCUCCCCUGAGAUGGUGGAGAACCAGCCUCAUGACAGCAAAGUGGAUAUUUGGGCCACAGGCGUGCUUCUCUUCGAGAUGCUGACCGGCAGGGCUCCGUUUUCCGCUCCAAGCCCGGCCAAGGCGACUGACCGAAUUCGCAAAGUGGACCUGCAGGUGCCGGGUUACGUGCCGCCGCUAGCCGCUGACUUGAUGCAGAAGCUCUUGGUUCGUGAGCCCGCGAAGCGCAUUGGGCUCAAGGCACUGCUGGGAUAUUCUAAGUUCUUUGCCAGUCAGUGCCGGGUGCUUUCGAACAAGCACUCGGCGAUGUGCCAGAGGAUGUUGAGUGCUGAUGCUCUGAAGCAUAACUGGAUUGUGCUCCAAGUGCCUGGUGCAUCGUUGGAGCUCACGAAGGCCAACGCCGAGCAAGGCUUGCGGAAGUGCAUUGCAGUCAAGCAGGCGCUGUGUCGGUAUGUGCCCAUCAGCUUGGAGGCUCUGCAGUCAGUCGCCGCCACAAAGGAGGUCUUGCCAGAGAGCAGCCCAAACACCGCGUCUCCUGCCUCGACCCUCUCUGUGGCGCCAGUGGGGGCUCGAAAUCGAGGCUACUCUGAUGGUGAUGGCAGCAACCACUCCGUGUCUUCUGCGUCCACUGUUCAGGCACGCUGCAACAGCAUCUCAUCUUUGUGUUGGAUACUGCAGAGCAAAAAAGAUGUACCAAACGCCCCGCUGGCAGAUACCACGGCCGAAGCCCUCCGUCAUGCCUUGGCUUCUUAG